AAUUACUGAAAGGAUACUGAUAGGGUUGUUGCAAGAAUGACGGUUUCCGAACUUGAAGAGCUCGUAAGCUUCUUGGAUGACUCCCGCAGCGAGGUUCGUUCAAUGUCAGCCGAAAUUGUCGCUGGUUUGACUGCAAACGCGGAAGGUAUCGAAAGGUUGAAGACGCUGCAGCGACCCCUUGUGAUUAAGCUUUUCCGGUCUGUGGGCAUGGGUGGAGAUGCCGCGAGGAAAGCUCUGGUUGCGCUUGUGAACCUUUCCCACGACCCGGCUGUUGUGGAGCUACUUUUAGACCUGAACGUUAUGAACCGUGUCAUGGAGUUCAUCCGCGAAGGGGCUAUUCCACACGUUGACUUGCUUACGAGCUUGCUGGCAAAUGCCACUAUAAGCGAGCGUGGCUGCAAGGACUUGCUACAGAUUGGGAAAGGCAGUAUGGAGGGGCUGCACAUGGCCGUAUUGCUGAAGAAGUUCGUGGUUGGCGGCAUCACACUCUGCCCCAACGACCCCGACCCGUACGAGCACGUGGCAUCUGUUCUGACCAAUGUGACACGGUUGCGCGAGGCGCGGUUGCUGCUGCUACAGCCGGGUCGAGGGCUACUACAGGCGCUGGUAUCACAACUGCAGUCGUGGAACGCGUUGCGGCGGCUGGGUGCGUCAGGAGCGCUAAGAAACUGCAUCAUGUCGGCGGAGGAGGAUGGCACCCUGGACAGCAUCCUGGAGGACCGCACAGCGCUGACCCACAUGCUGCGACCCAUCAACGGCCAACCGCCGCUGGAGAAGGAAGACACGGUUCGGGAGUGUAUGGCAGAGUCCAUUUUGGUGCUGGCUAAUACAGACAAGGGGCGAGACGCGCUGUGGGAGGCGGGCGCGCCAGAGGCCCUGCGCAAGGGGUACGAGGACGAGCAACACCCGGGAGUGUGCAUGGCGAUGGAGCGGACAGCGGAGAUCUUCCUCUCGCACAGCACCAUUGACAGUGGGGCCAUGCCGGGGGUCCUGGGAAUGGCGUCGUCCUCCGCACAACAGCGGCGACAACAAGAACAACAAGAGCAACAAGGAAAAGAACAAGAACAAUAG